UAGCGGUGAACCCUUAUAAAAUUCUUCCUAUAUUUAAUGAUACAACUAUUCAACAAUAUGUCGCGGACUAUAAAGAUACCUCGGGUCAAAGAGCCACAUUGCCUCCACAUGCCUUUCAACUUGCCUCGCAAGCUUAUUUACACAUGAGACGAACUGGACAAGAUCAGUCCAUCAUCUUAAGUGGGGAAUCGGGCAGUGGAAAAUCAGAAACUCGAAAACUUUUGGUUAAACAAUUAGCCGCUUUAAGUUCGCAUCAAAAAAAAGAUUCCAGAAUCCAAAAUAAAGUUCCUUACUCGGAAUUUAUUCUAGAAUCAUUUGGAAACGUCAAAACAAAUAUUAAUAAUAAUGCUUCUCGUUUCGGUAAAUAUACCGAACUUCAAUUUAACGAACGUGGUAGAUUAAUUGGCGCUAAAACACUUGAUUACCUCUUGGAAAAAAAUCGAGUCGUCAAAGUUUUUCAAAAUGAACGAAAUUUUCACGUAUUUUAUUAUUUAAUCGCUGGGGCUUCACAGGAUGAGAAAACACAUCUUCAUCUUACCGAUGCUUCACAAUAUCGUUAUCUUAAUGUUCCGAAAGGGACCAGAGGAUCUAAUGCUGAUGAUAUGAACAAUUUUAAUGAAUUAAAACAAGCUUUGAAAUCUCUAGGAUUUCAUAAAAAACACGUAGCUCAAAUGUUUCAACUUUUAGCUGCUAUUUUACAUUUAGGUAAUAUACAAUUUGCUCAAGAUCCAAAUAACAAACAAAAAGAAGCAGCUUUUGUAAAGAAUCAGGAGGUUUUAAAUUUAGUUGCGGACUUUUUAGGAGUAGAUCCUCAGGCUCUUGAGAAUGUACUUACUUAUAAAACUAAACUAAUCAAAAAAGAAAUGUGUACAAUAUUCUUGGACGCGGAUUCUGCUUCUGUUCAACGAGAUGAUUUGGUGAAGGCACUUUAUUCUUUAUUAUUUAGUUGGAUUGUAGAAUAUAUUAACACGAAACUAUGUCAAGAAGAUUUUGCCAGCUUUAUCGGUAUUGUCGACCUUAUUGGAUUUCAAAAUUUAACAGAAAAUUCUCUUGAUCAAUUUUGUGUAAAUUUUGCCAAUGAAAAAAUUCAUAAUUUCGUUCUAAAACAAAUUUUUGAAUCACGUCAUGAUGAAUAUACCGAGGAAGGAAUUAAUGUUCCUGAUAUACCCUUCUUCGACAAUUCGGCAUGCCUUCAAAUGAUUUCUCAUCCGUCAUCAGGAUUAAUCGCAAUAAUGGAUGACCAUGCCAAUAAAUCUUCUCGUAAAACUGAUAAUAGCAUGCUCGACGCUUUCAGUAAAAAAUAUUCAGAACACAAUUCCUUUAAAUCCGCUGGUAAAAGUUUGAACGCUCUUCCCACUUUUGGUAUUCAACAUUUCGCCGGUCAAGUUACUUAUAAUGCCACGGGAUUCCUUGAAAAGAAUACGGAUAAUCUCAGUGCCGAUUUUGUCUCAUUAUUCCGUGGUAGUACCGGAGCAAAUUCCCCUUACAAUAGUUUCAUCGUUGGUUUAUUCACUGACAAGGCCGUUUCCACAGAAUCCCAUCCUCGAAAUGAUAAUACUAUUGUCUCGGCCCAACAAUCUGCCAAGCCUAUGCGUGCUCCAUCAAUGCGCCGUAAGAAAAGUCAACUCGGUUCUGAAGAAUCAACUUCAAAACCAAAGGUCUCUUGUGUCGCGACUCAAAUUUCAUCAGCUUUAAGUGAAUUGUGUGAUACACUUGAAGACACAAUUCCCUGGCAUGUUUUCUGUAUUCGCCCAAAUGAUUCACUACUUCCUAAUCAAUAUGAUUCAAGAACUGUACAAUCUCAAGUAAAAUCAUUUGGAUUACCGGAAAUUGCAAAGAAAUUACAAAUCGAUUAUACCAUUGGAUUCACUCACCAGGAAUUUUUAGAAAGAUAUGCACCUAUUCUGGAUUCAAUGGGACUUGAUCAGUCGAGAGAUCCUAAAGCAAAAUGUGAAGCUUCUUGUACCAUAUUUGGUUGGACAAGUUCUUAUAUGGCUGUUGGACAAAAUAAGGCAUACUUAAGUGAAACCGCAUGGCGUAACUUGGAAGACAAUCUUCGUAAUAUGGACGGCGAAGAAAAACGCAAAAAGAAAGAUAAGAAAGCAACCGCAAGUACAGCCCAUGGCGAUGAUAAUUUAACUCCAACUUUAUAUCCUCGCCUUUCUCCGCCAAAAGCAUUGGAUCAAAGGUCCUUUGAUGACACUCGCUCAAACUUUUCUGAAGACGACUUUUAUCAGGAUGAAUCAGUAAGUCAAUAUGAUGAUAAUGGUUCUUCAUAUGGCUCAGAAGUGUAUGCACCAUCACACAACAUGUUUAAAGAAUUGGAUGCAAAGAAAGCGUUAAAUGAAGGGGGUGAGACGGUAGAAGAAGAAGUUGAAGAGCCUCGUAAAACUACUGCUGCUCGUAAGAAAUGGGUAUUCCUCACUUGGUUCCUUACCUGGUGGGUUCCUCCUUGUUUCUUGAGAUGGUGCGGUCGUAUGAAAAGAAAAGACAUUCAAAUGGCAUGGCGUGAGAAAGUCGCACUUUGCAUCCUUAUUGGUUUGGUUUCAGCUUUGAUCAUUUUUGUUCUCGCUUUCUUGGGUAAAUUGAUUUGUCCGAAAGUUAACAUUUUCACUGGUCAAGAACUUAGUACUCAUACGUUUAAAGAGGAGCCUGACAAUGCUUUAGUUUCAAUUCGUGGUGAAGUUUAUCUCUUGAGCACAUUUGCUCCUCGCCAUUUCCCACCAUUGGUUGAUACGGACGCAAUUUUGGCAUACGGUGGAAAUGAUGUAUCACAAUUAUUCCCUGUUCAAGUUAGCGCUCUUUGUAGCGGAAUUGACGGAUUUGUCGAUCCUGCUGUUACAUUUGACUUUACCGGCAAUAACACCAAAGACGACAAUGCUAAAUAUCACGAUUUCCGUUAUUCUUCUUCUUCCAACGGAUUUCGACCAGAUUGGUACUAUUCAGAAAUUUUAAUGAAAUUGAGAUCGAUCUACCUUGUUGGUCAAGUAGGUAUACCGGCACAUAUGGUCAAAGAAAUGGCAAUUAGAGAACAAGAUAGGAGACAAAUUGCUAUUCUUAAUGAUAAUAUAUACGAUAUUACACCUUACGUACUUGGUGGUCGUCAAGCAUUGGGUCCAGGUGGAACACCUGUCGAAGGCGUUGAUACGAAUUUCCUGGUUCCUGAAAUUGUUGACCUUUUCAAAAGUUUUAAUGGUUUGGAUAUCACAAAGAUGUAUAAUAGUUUACUCAUGGAUCCUGAAGUUAGAAAUCGUCAAGAAGUUUGUUUGAGAAACUUAUUUUAUGUCGGAAAAGUCGAUCAUCGUAAUUCUCCACAAUGUUUAUUUGCAAACUAUAUUUUACUCGCAUUUUCAGUUGUAUUGGUUGCUGUCAUUUUCUUCAAAUUUUUAGCAGCAUUGCAAUUGGGUUCAAGGAGAGAACCAGAAGAACAUGAUAAGUUUGUUAUUUGUCAAGUUCCCUGUUAUACUGAAAGUGAUGAAUCUAUGCGUAAAACUUUGGAUUCCUUGGCCGUAUUAAGAUAUGACGACAAACGCAAGCUUCUAUUUAUUGUUUGUGAUGGAAUGAUUGUCGGUAGUGGUAAUGACAGACCAACGCCUCGAAUCGUCUUGGAUAUUUUGGGAGUUGAUCCAAAUAUUGAUCCUGAACCUCUCAGUUUUCUGUCUCUUGGAGAUGGUGCUAAACAGCAUAAUAUGGGCAAAGUAUAUUCUGGAUUAUACGAAUGUAAUGGACAUGUUGUUCCUUAUUUAGUAGUAGUAAAAGUUGGCAAACCAAGCGAAAGAUCUCGACCUGGUAAUCGCGGUAAACGUGAUUCUCAGAUGAUUCUUAUGAGAUUCUUGAAUAAGGUCCACUUCAACUCUGAAAUGACUCCAUUAGAAUUGGAAAUGUACCAUCAAAUCAAAAAUGUUAUUGGGGUAAAUCCAAGUUUCUACGAAUAUGUUCUUAUGGUGGACGCCGAUACAGAGGUUAUGCCCGAUUCUUUGAAUCGUCUCGUUUCCGCUUUUAUGCAUGAUACCAAAGUUAUGGGACUUUGUGGUGAAACAACUCUUGCUAACGAAAAAGACUCUUGGGUUACCAUGAUUCAAGUAUACGAAUAUUAUAUUUCACAUCAUCUUGCAAAAGCUUUUGAAUCACUGUUCGGUAGCGUUACUUGUUUGCCCGGAUGUUUUUGUAUGUAUAGAGUUCGUACACCGGAUUCCCAUAAACCUUUAUUAGUCAGCAACCAACUCAUUGAAGAUUACUCUGAAAAUUUGGUCGAUACUCUUCACAAGAAGAAUUUACUUCACCUUGGUGAAGAUCGUUAUUUAACAACUUUAAUGAUGAAACAUUUUCCCAAUUAUAAGAUGACAUUUGUUCCAGAUGCACAAUGUAAAACUUAUGCUCCUGAUCAAUGGUCUGUGCUCCUUUCACAACGUCGUCGAUGGAUCAAUUCUACUGUGCACAAUCUUAUGGAAUUAGUUUUCUUACCUCAACUUUGCGGUUUCUGCUGUUUCUCUAUGCGUUUUGUGGUCAUGAUUGAUUUGUUCGCUACCCUUAUUAUGCCCGCAACUGUUGCAUAUCUUGGAUAUUUGAUUUAUAUCAUUGUAAGAGAUCCGACUACGGUUCCAGUUAUGUCUUUAUUGUUGUUGGCCGCUGUAUAUGGUCUUCAAGCCUUUAUAUUUAUUCUUCGUCGUAAAUGGGAACAUGUUGGUUGGAUGAUUGUUUAUAUACUUGCCAUGCCCGUUUUCUCCUUUUACUUGCCUAUUUAUGCAUUCUGGCAUUUUGAUGACUUCUCAUGGGGUAAUACACGUUUGGUUAUAGGUGAAAAGGGUAAAAAGGCGUUGGUACCAGACGAAGGUAAAUUUGAUCCAAAGAGCAUACCUAAGAAGAAAUGGUCAGAUUACGAACAAGAACUAUGGGAAGUUGGUACACAAGGAUCGCAAGAAUCCGCGACAUAUUGUUGA